AUGGCUUACUCUCAGCUGGGAUACCCCUACUCCACCACACCGCAGUUCCUGAUGACCUCCAGCUCUCUGGCCGGCUGUCUGGAGCCGGGAACGCCUCCGUCACACCCAGUGCUGCGCUCCCCGGCCCACCAGCUCACCUCCGGCACCGGCAUCGGAGUCUACAGCGGAACUUAUCCAAAGAGCCAAGGUUAUUAUAACAGCUGCACCAGCGACGCCACCGCGCUCUAUCCCAGAGGGACACUAGACCCCAAAGAUGGAGCUGCAUCUGUGGGGACAUCUCAGACUCAGACUGCCUACUAUCCUUAUGAAUAUACAUUUGGACAAUAUCCAUAUGACAGAUAUGGGUAUUCCUGCUCUGAUAGCGUUUCCCGUCGUAAAAAUGCCACCCGAGAGACCACCAGCACCCUGAAGGCUUGGCUACAGGAGCACCAGAAGAACCCGUACCCCACAAAGGGAGAGAAGAUAAUGCUUGCCAUUAUCACCAGGAUGACUCUUACACAGGUGUCUACAUGGUUUGCCAAUGCACGCAGGAGGCUGAAGAAGGAGAAUAAGGUGACAUGGUCACCGCGGGCUUGUAAAAGCUCUGAUGACCGGGGCUGUGACGAUGACAGCGACGAAGCUGAGAAGCCACUUAAAAAUGACAAAGAACUUCCUGAUCAACAGUGUGCAGACCUGCAGAGUGACCUUGAGGACUUCGACCUGCUGGAGUCAGACGGUUCUGACUGCGAACCAAAGCCUCAGUUUCGACCUGAGGACAGUGACGCAAACACAGACCUCCCACAUGGGCAUCUCACACACAACGCAGACCCACUGCACGGAAAAGAGAGAUUAUCUCCAGACUGCCCAAAACUCACACCAGUUCAACAGCAAAACAACGCCUUCUAUCCUAAUCCAGACCCUCGAAGUACACAUACCAAGCCCAAAAUCUGGUCCAUCGCUCACACUGCUGUGUCUUUGGACGGCAGCUUGCAGCCAGAGUAUCCUCCCUGCAUGCUGUCGUCAACCGGGUCCUCCUCUCCUGGGUAUCCAUCAAAUAUGGCGCUUACCAAGUCAGACAGGGAACAGGAGUCACCAGUCGCCACGCUCAGAGAAUGGGUGGAUGGAGUUUUCCACGGUCCUCCUUUCCAACAGCCCAAACCAGCUGAGGUGUGGAAAGGCUUAAAUGAAGCUGUGAUAGACAGCAGAACACCCGGACACUCCUUUGAACUCGUAAGGUCUACGUCAUCUUUGUAG